AUGAAUCUUUUUGGUUCUUUACCGGAUUUUCCCAUUAAUGGGUCGCUUCGAAGUUUGGUACUCAGUAACACAAACUUUUCUGGCGGGAUAUCUGACACUAUUGGAAAUCUAAAGAAUCUAUCGAGAAUUGAGCUGCCAAAGAGUAAUUUCAGUGGACAGAUACCGAAGUCUAUGGAAAAACUCACCCGAUUGGCGUACCUAGAUCUGUCAUCAAACAACUUUAGUGGCGAAAUCCCAUCAUUUCAGAUGUGCAAGAAUCUUACCCAUGUUGACCUAUCAAGGAAUGGUUUAUCCGGUACGAUCCCUUCUGUUCACUUUCAAGAUCUUCAAAGUCUUGUUUAUGUUGAUUUAAGGUUCAAUGCUUUUAAUGGAAGCAUACCUCCAUCUUUGUUUUCUCUGCAACAAGUUCAAAAGAUACAGCUUUCCAAUAACAAUUUUGAUGGUUUAAUUCCUAACUUUUCUAAUCCGUCUGCAUCUUUAUUGGAUACACUUGAUUUAAGAAGUAACAGACUGGACGGAGAAAUUCCAAAAUCUUUGUUUGAACUUGGAAAGCUAAGUAUCUUGUUAUUAUCAUUAAAUAAACUAAGUGGAAGCAUAAGAACCAUAGAUUUUCAGGGUCGCUUGACCAACCUAACGACUCUCGAUCUUUCAUUCAAUAAUUUAUCCAUUGUUACAACCGCAAAUCUCACGCUAGUGAAUCGCCUUCCAAACUUUUCUUCCUUAAAGUUGGCUUCUUGCAAUCUUCAAAUGUUCCCUAAUCUAAGAAACCAAUCGAGAUUGAUAAAUCUUGAUCUUUCUAACAACAAAAUUGAAGGAGAGAUACCAAGCUGGAUAUGGAGAAUUGGAAACGGAGACCUUUCCUAUCUGAACCUUUCUAAUAACCGGUUACAUGGAAACGUGAAUUGUGCUGAAAACCAACAGAAUAAUUGGUCAAAGCUUCAGAUUCUAGACAUCGCUUCCAACAAUUUAAGUGGUAAAGUUCCCACUGAAAGUUUCUCGCACUGGGCAGCUAUGAUGACUGAUGAUCUAUCAAGCAAGAAGCACCUUAGUUUCAGGGUGUUACCGCUUACUGAGUUCUACUAUCAAGAUACGGUGCAAGUCACCAUGAAAGGACACGAGUUGGAGCUAGUCAAAAUCCUGACCAUCUUCACAUCCAUUGAUAUCUCAAGUAACCAUUUUUCAGGGGAAAUUCCAACCACAAUUGGAAGACUCGGAGCACUUUAUCUUCUCAAUGUAUCAAAUAAUGAGUUCACUGGCCCGAUCCCAUCAUAUAUGGGGAAUUUGAGUAAGCUAGAAUCAUUAGAUAUGUCACGAAACAGAUUAACCGGAGAGAUCCCACACACACUCUCAAGUCUUACAUUCCUUUCUUCCCUUAACUUGUCAUUCAAUCAGUUAACUGGAAGAAUCCCAACAGGCAGCCAAUUUCAGACCUUUGAAAACAAUUCUUACUUAGGAAACAAGGGAUUAUGCGGGUUUCCAUUGAACAUAACUUGUACUAGUUCAAUCCUACCCAUACCCAUAUACCCAAAAAGCUCCCAGGAAUCUAAAAAAGGGAAUGAUUGGCUGACCGUGUUCCAUGGAAUGGGAGCUGGGGCAGGAACAUCGAUUGUUCUAGCCGUUUUGUAUUCGAUAUACAAGAGAAAUACUGGUAGAAGCAGACAAACAAACUUGUCAAGAUGAUCUCUCUCGCUCUAGGUAUGUCAUGUGUUUUCUGGAUGUUAAUUGUCAUACGUUGGCUUAUGUAUGUUACAUUUUCGAUACACCACAUUAGCUUUUUCAGCAAUUUCUGCAUAAAUAUUUGUAUCUUUUUGUUAAAAUAUUGAAAUUUGUUAAUUAGCCUUCAAUAUUCCUUGAACAUCACCACCACCCAUUUGUAAGUUGUAUAAACCUGAUAUGC